AUGAAAGUUGUAACGGCCAACUUUAUCUCUUGCGCAGUCAAGAGCUGCAAGAUCUCACCAGCUGCAUUCCCUCUCCAUUUCCAAGACGCAGAGCUCGAGCAGCAGGAACUCGAUCUUCAACCAGAAUUCAUUCGCAACAUUCUCCCUCGUAUAGACUGGGACGCACUGCGCAUCACGGCCAGCGAGCUCGGAUUCCCUACCAUCCCCGAAACGAAGCCUGAAGGCGAAGCGCUCGACGAACAGACGCUAAAAGAUCUACAUACGCUUCUUCUGGAGACGCGCGUUGUCGAAGGGAAACUAGUCUGUGGGAGCUGUGGCCAUGAGUAUAAGAUAAAGGAAGGAAUCGCAAACUUUCUCCUUCCUAGCCAUCUAGGUGGGAUAUCUCCCCUAUCCGGACGGGACGAGUUGUCCGAUCGAUUUUUUGUGCUAUGCGGUUCCGCUGACUUCUAUGACAGUUUGAAAUUUAUUUUAUUGCAGCUGGAGUUUUUGGCGCUGGUGUUUUCUGGGUGUCUCAUGUUCAAUGAAAUCGAGGUCCGCAGACGCGUGGUUUAG